AUGGCAUCCGCAGGACAUCUCUGCUCGGUGCUGCUGGUUGUAUGUCUACUGGGGCUUCAUCACUCCUCAGGUUUCUGGAUCGUCAACGUCGUCUUCCCGCCAAACGCCAAAGCCAGAAUACCAAGCAACAGCACUCCACCACUCAUUAUCGUGCCGGGGAACUUGGGGAACCGUCUGGAAGCUAAAAUAGACAAGCCGACACUGGUCCACUGGAUGUGCUACAAGAAAACUGAACAUUGGUUUCCUCUGUGGAUUGACCUCAACAUGUUCAUGCCUAUAGGUGUAGACUGCUGGAUUGACAACAUUAGACUUGUUUACAAUAGGACGACUCGGCGAUCAUCCAACUCCCCAGGGGUGCAGGUGCGGGUGCCAGGAUUUGGGCAGACAUAUCCCAUUGAGUUUCUUGACCAAAACAAACUGGCUGGUUAUUUUCACACUAUGGUGCAACAUUUGGUCAACAUGGGCUACACCCGAAAUGAGACGGUCCGAGGAGCACCGUACGAUUGGAGAUUAGCUCCUAAUGAGAAUGCAGAGUAUUUCAUAGAUCUGCAGGACCUGGUUGAGAAGAUGUAUGACCAGCACCAGCAGCCUGUUUACCUGCUGGGACACAGCAUGGGCUGCCACUAUGUCCUCUACUUUCUCAACCACCAACCUCAGGCCUGGAAGGACAAGUACAUCAGGGGCUUCAUUUCCCUGGCAGCUCCAUGGGGGGGUGCUGUUAAACCACUUAGAGUCCUGGCGUCAGGUGAAAAUGACGGUAUCCCGAUGAUUUCCAACAUCAAGAUCCGCGAGGAGCAGAGGAUGACAACAACUAAUCCCUGGAUGCUACCAUCUGAUUUAGCCUGGCCAAAGGACCACGUGUUCAUCUCCACACCAACCUUUAACUACACCAACCAGGACUACCAGCGCCUCUUCACAGACAUCAAUUUUGAAGAUGGCUGGCACAUGUGGGAGGACACCAAGAACCUUACUGGCGAUCUCCACCCACCUGGUGUUGAGGUGUGGUGUAUGUAUGGCGUGGGGCUUCCAACUCCGGUGACAUACAUUUACGACGAGGAGUUUCCCAACGUGGACCCACUGGACUUUGUUUACGCCGAUGGGGACGACACAGUGGAUAGCUUUAGCAUGAGUCUUUGCAAACGUUGGGUGGGGCAGCAGGAGAAGCCAGUCCAUGUUACAGAGUUCCGAGGGCUGGCCCACCUAAACAUAGUGUUUCAUGAACAGGUGCUCAACCAAAUCCAACAUAUCCUGGAGGGGAACUCGGAUAUGCCCAAAGAGGUUGACGUCCGAUCUGUAGCUUAAUAGAAGACAACAUUAUUGAAGAGUUUAAAAAACUAAAACACAUGGAAUGCUGGAUUU